AUUUUCCAUAUGUCUUUUUAGGUGGUGCGUUGAAACUCUGGGACACAGCAUUCGUCAAACCCAAAGGCCAAAACUUUACCUGCUGUUUUAGGGGACCAACCUUCUGUGUAACAGUGGAUAAGUACAAGUGCUUUAUAAACAAAUAAGACCUAUGGCAAUAAAUCACGCCCAGAGUAUUUAGUCAUACCCAGUGGUCAGAUGUAAAAAAAAGUUGGACCUCUGAGCUAGUUUUCUGCUAAAUUCAAACCAAACUCAGCUGCUGUCAAAGUGCACUGGGAUUGGGUGCAUGGGUGUUGUGCUACCAGUAGGCUGUUGUCAUGGUGGACUGGUAUGUCUGAGCCUGAAGCUAGCAUAGCUUCCCAGUCUCAUGUAGCAUGUUAGCAUAUGGCUAGCCGUGUAUGGUGACUGAUCAGGCCAUUAUCCUCUCCCCCUUCAUCGCCAUCUCUGGCCCCUACAAGGGGGUAUAAACCAGCUGGUAGUGGUGCCCUCUUACCCCGUCAUCUUUUAAUUUCUGUCAUUUAGUCAUCUGUCCACCCAAUCAUCAGCUUGUGCUUUUUGUCAUUCUCAUCAGCCCCAUCACUUUUUUAUAACACUAAGAACUAUUUAGCGCUGCCUACUCUCUAGUCCUUUAUGAUUUCUGCUUCUUUUCUUUCCUUUCUCACAUCUGUCCCAGUCCAGCUCAGUCCCUGCCCUCUUUAAAUUCAAACCCCAAGCCCAAUUUGAUUCACAUUUUGGCCCAGCGGAGACCACUCAAACGUCUGACAGUCAAGCCGCCAGGCAGUUGUUUUGGUAGUUGUUUCGGUUGCAUGGAAUCGGCUUAACCGUGGAGAGGCCAGGCUACCACAAACUGAUGGACUUUGACAAGCGAGGAGUAGGGGGAGGAGGUGGAGGUGGAGGUGGUGGUGGAGGAGGAGGUGGUGGUGGAGGUGGAGGGAAGGCGGAGACAGAGGAGGGGAAGAGGAUGCCUGGAAAAACAGGAAGUCGAUCAGGGCAUGGUGGCCGAGGUGCCAGCUCCAACUCCGGGGUUCUGAUGGUUGGACCAAACUUCCGGGUCGGUAAGAAGAUCGGCUGUGGGAACUUUGGAGAGCUGCGACUUGGAAAGAACCUCUACACCAAUGAAUAUGUGGCCAUCAAACUGGAGCCCAUCAAGUCGCGGGCGCCCCAGCUUCAUCUAGAAUAUCGCUUCUACAAACAGCUGGGAAGUUCAGAGGGCGUCCCCCAGGUGUUUUACUUUGGACCGUGUGGUAAAUACAAUGCAAUGGUUCUGGAGCUGCUGGGUCCCAGCUUAGAAGAUCUGUUUGACCUCUGUGACCGAACCUUCUCUCUAAAGACUGUACUCAUGAUAGCUAUUCAACUGAUAACCCGUAUGGAGUUUGUCCAUACCAGAAGCUUGAUCUAUCGAGACGUGAAGCCGGAGAACUUCCUGGUGGGCCGACCUGGCUCCAAACGACAACACACCAUCCACAUCAUAGACUUUGGCCUGGCGAAAGAAUACAUAGACCCAGAGACCAAAAAACACAUCCCAUACAGAGAACACAAAAGUCUGACUGGAACUGCUAGAUAUAUGAGCAUCAAUACACAUCUGGGGAAAGAGCAAAGCAGGCGGGAUGACCUGGAAGCUCUCGGCCACAUGUUCAUGUACUUUCUGCGAGGCAGCCUACCAUGGCAGGGACUCAAGGCCGACACCCUGAAAGAACGUUAUCAGAAGAUCGGAGACACAAAGAGAGACACACCAAUAGAGGUCCUCUGUGAAAGCUUCCCAGAAGAGAUGGCCACCUACCUGCGGUACGUGCGUCGGCUGGACUUCUUCGAGAAGCCAGAUUAUGACUACCUGAGGAAACUCUUCACAGACCUCUUUGACAGAAACGGAUACAUCUUUGACUACCAGUACGACUGGACUGGAAAGCCACUGCCCACUCCUAUUGGUCCAGUGGCCAGUGAGACUCCACUUCAGACGAGCAACAGAGAGAAAGCACCGCAGACCAAAAACCAGGUGAUGAGUUCAACCAACGGGGAGCUGAAUACAGACGACCCGACUGCAGGACACUCAAACGCACCCAUCACAGCCAACGCAGAGGUGGAAGUGGCUGAUGACACCAAGUGCUGCUGUUUCUUCAAGAGGAGGAAGAGGAAAGCUCUCCAGAGACACAAAUGAAAGCGAGAGACAAGAGAGAAACCUUGCUCUCCUUUUGUUUUUUCUCUCUCUUUUCCUCUAGCCCUCUUCGUAUAGCCCUCUCUGUGCUCCUCACUCAGUCCCCCUCUGACCCUCCUCCUCUGCUGCUGGAGGUCCUGUAGUUUACCGUGGGUGGCUUAGCUAAAGCUGAUCUACUGGUUUCUAACGCUCUGGAACCACAAAGACACAGUAACAAGUUCCACCUCGGAGCUUUAACUGUGGACUAGCUGAACCAGCGGAGGAGUCCUCACGUAUUUAUGGUCACAAACUGAACAGAAACUGGAUCAACACAAACUGCUGUUGGAAACUCGUGACCACAAACAAACAGUUUACUGUAAAAGACAAACCUACAGACUGGACUCAGCUGGAUCACUUGGCAGACUGGCUGGUUCUCUAUAUUUUUGUUUUUUUGUUCCUUACUGACUGGUUCAGAGGAGAGAGAAGAACAUUUCUGAGGAGAUACCGAAGAGAGGAGAACAAAAGGACGAGACGCAUCGAGACUGUCCUACCACACAGGCACUCAAACUAUACACAGACACGCUGCACGCGUUCUCAUCAGAAACAGACUUCACGGACAAAAAGAUGCAGCUCUCACAUAUAGUCUAUAAAGUUUUUAUUCCCCCCAGGUCAAAGGAAGUACACUGUGAGGGGCUCUGUCUAUUUUCUGCAGCGGACUGGGCUCUAUGUGCUUCUCAGACACAUUCACCCUCAGAGGAAAAAACCUCACAACCACCAGAAUCAAAAGUUGAAUAAGAUGUUUAUGUGAAAAACUAUGCUUUCUCCUGUUUUAAUUUGUAACUAAAAAAAAAAGACUGUCUACAUUUUGGAACCUGUGUUUUUUUUCUGUCUUUUUGAGUUCCAAAAGUUUG